CACACGAGCUGUGUUGGAGGAUCAUGGCGGAGCGCAGGAGGCAUAAGAAACGGAUCCAGGAGGUGAGUGAGCCCACCAAGGAGGAGAAGGCAGUGGCCAAGUACCUCCGUUUCAACUGCCCCACCAAGUCCACCAACAUGAUGGGCCAUCGGGUGGACUACUUCAUCGCCUCCAAGGCAGUGGACUGUCUGCUGGACUCCAAGUGGGCCAAGGCCAAGAAGGGAGAGGAGGCUGUAUUCACCACUAGAGACUCUGUGGUGGACUACUGCAAUAGGCUGCUGAAGAAGCAGUUCUUCCACCGCGCUCUGAAAGUCAUGAAGAAGAAGCCCGAGAAGGACAUCAAGAAAGAGAAAGAGAAAGAAAAGGCUAAGGGCGACAGCGGCAAGGAGGAGGAGAAGAAGGGGAAGAAGAAGGAUUCCAAGGAUGCCGAGGCUUCAGACGCAAAGAAGGAGAGGAGUGACGAUAGCCCCGAAAUGCCAAAGAAGAAAAAAGACGCAAAGAAGAAGUUUAAACUGGAGCCUCAUGAGGACCAGCUCUUCCUGGAUGGGAAUGAGGUGUUUGUUUGGAUCUAUGAUCCAGUCCAUUUUAAAUCCUUUGCCAUGGGACUGAUUCUGGUAAUUGCAGUGAUAGCGGCCACUCUUUUCCCACUGUGGCCGGCUGAGAUGCGUGUGGGUGUGUACUAUUUGAGCGUGGCAGCAGGCUGUUUCGUGGCCAGUAUACUGCUGUUAGCUGUUGCUCGCUGCAUCCUGUUCCUGAUCAUCUGGCUGGUGACGGGCGGACGCCACCACUUCUGGUUCCUGCCCAACCUGACUGCCGACGUGGGCUUCAUCGACUCCUUCCGUCCGCUCUACACGCACGAGUACAAGGGCCCACGGGACUACAGCAAGAAGAGCCCGGACAAGACCCCCGAUGCCAAGGCCCAGAAGUCAGACGGCGAGGAGAAGGGUGACGGUGGGGAGGAAGAGGAGGAAGCAGAAGGUGAAGGAGAGGUGGAAGGAGAAGAGGCUGAGGGCACAGCGCCGAAAGGGACGGAAGAAGGCGAGGCGACUGAGCGCCACUCAGACACGGACAGCGACCGGCGGGAGGAUGAGGGCUCGCAGCACAGCAACGGAAACGACUUUGAGAUGAUCACCCGCGAAGAGCUGGAGCAGCACACGGAAGAGGAAGAGGAACGGGAAAGAGGAGUGGAGGAGAAGGGAGACGGUGAGACAAAGCCCUUGUCUGUUCAAACAUAAACAUUAUCACUACCACCUCCUCCUUCUCCACCUCCGAAGGACCUCCUCCAGGUCUUCUCUCAACCUCGCUGAGGAGACACCUCCCCAUCUUGUCUGCUCCGAUCUUCCACUAACUAUACUGUACCACGUUUGUCUUGGUAUUGACACCGGUGAAACGAAGCAAACGGCUAUGACAAUGGAAAAGAGAGAAGAGAAAAAAAACGCCUUAUUGUGGUUCUGAAAUCCCCAAUCUUAUUUAAACUGAGAAAUGCAAACUAACUUAAGAGACGUGUUUGUCUGAGGAAGUUGUCACGGUAGUUCUCCCGACGUUCUCCCAAUUUUUCGGUACUUACGGUAUGACUUUCUCCCAUAUCAUCCUAGUUCAGAAAGACACAUCCGCUCUACAUGUUAUGUUCACUAUAGCUACAAUGGUCCCUUGUAUGUCUCGUUUUUGUACGUGAGGCAAAGUCUCUUGUCAUCUCCACAGAUGAGGGAAUUAUAGAGCUAUGGAAUCCUUGUUUUGCCAGGAGAAGUACUGCCAUCUUGUCUACCUGUCUGUCAAAUCCUGACUGUGGUCUUAUGAAAGAUGUGUGAUUGGUACAAUCAAGGUAAAGUUAAGCCCAGGGUCAUGUCCAGUAGACGCGUUUUCCCUACUCAAACCAACCAUUUCCUUUUGGGCCAUUGUCACACAACUGGGCCAAGGGACCUGUACUAGCAGCGGCAGCUGGCCCUCUGUACACGGUUCAUCUCUUGUUUUUGGACUAAAGCCAGAGUCUGAUCUCUCCUAGGCAGCCAUCAAACGUUACAAUUGAGCAACCGUUGGCUGCGCCACUAUAACCAAUCUGGAUGGACCAGAAGCCGUAGUUUCUCCCCCCAGCCUUGUGGUUCUUUGCCGUACUUCCUAUUUUCAAUGAGAAAUGCUUGUUUGUUUGUAUGGUUGAUGAUCAUCGUGCAGCAAUGUACACACACACAUAAAAUCACAGAGGUUCGCAAGAGUCAUGUCCAUUACGUAAGAGUAGUAUCCAUUAUGAGCAGUGGGACUUAUUUUAAGUGUAAAACUGAUCAUCUAAGAUAUUCCUUACUAGAAUAACUUAAUUUAUUUGGGCUACACACAUGCAGACAGCAAAGAUAGAAUGGAAAAACAGUUUGAGGUUUGUAUUCACCAUUUUAGAAUGAGACGUCAAAAUGAAAUAGUGCCAAACACGUGAAUUGUUGCAAUGCAUUCUGUUUUCAUACGAGAAGACAUGUCAAAAGUGUCAGCAAGGGAUUUUGGUGCAUUUAUUCAUUUUUGUAAUGGUAGUGUCAAAUUCCAAACCUUUUAAAUGCAGUGCAGUAUAGGAGCUAGGGCAUUGGUUUGUAGACUUUGAUCCCAUUCUCCCUUCAGUUUCUAUCCAAGCCAUGCAAAGCAGACCGUGUCCUUAAUACUAUUACAAGCUAUCGUAUAAUACGUAUGGUAGGCUUGUUGUCAGUUCAACUCGGAUGCCCAUCCUUUCAUGAUAGCUUUUGUUGGUGCCUUCAUUGGUAUUCUAGUCAAGCUAACAGACAACGAUGAAGACCCCUGUGAAUGCAUGGAGACUCCAUUUGAAACCAAAUGGGGGCAUGGUCCCAAUUCUCCUCUAUUGUUGCAUUAUGUGGGCUGUGGUCCAAGACUGUCCAUUUGUAAGGUCACAUUUUUUACUCAUAGUGAGGAUAAAAUAGAUAAAUGUAUAAUUUAUAUGUAUACUAUCGAUAUAUCAUAUACAUACAUACAUAUACAAACUUCGUCUGAGAAAUUAUGAACCCACUUUGUUCAACCUGAACCGAACUCUUUUUUAGUUUUUAGGUUUCUGGUAUCUUUUCAUCAUAAUGUAUUUUUUUAUUAUUACACCUUUUUAAACUAUAAUUUUGACCUCCAAUAGGCAUAUUGUCAAGAGUGUACUGUACUCAUUAUUGGGGACUUCAAACACCAGAAAUGUGGAUUAUGUUAUGUGUGGAUAUAUAAUAUGAUCAGAUGGGCUACCUAAUUUUGUUUUAUUUUAUAUUGAUUGAUUUUACACCGUCAUUUCUUUGAAUGUGUGAAGAGUAAUGUAUGUAGCUAGUUUGUCCAUGUGGCAACUUACUGCAAGCCCCAUAAUCACUUUUGUUUCUUCACGUAAAAACAGUGAAUGAUUAACUAGUGGUUGAGAAACUCGUUGGCAGGGGCUUGCAUAAAAUGUAUAUAGCUGUUCCACCCAAAAUGUUCUGGGUGGGAAGUUCUCCCCACAGUGGAAUGGUAGAGCACAACUUGUGAGAGCAAGGGGGAAAAAAGUCACUUGAUGACUUUGAUAUCCCACACCGUACACAGAUAGACCCAAUGUAGUGAACUGAGGAGUAUUUUCGAGACACUCGUACUGUAGUGCUGGCUGGUUCCUGGAACUAUGCUGGAUGUGGAACCAGGCAGGUGCAGUACAGUUCUGUUCAGGCUCAGUAGUGUGAAAAGGGUACAAGCUCGGUCUUGCUUUCCUAUUCUAAGAGCAUGUUGACCUCAGAUUUUUAGGCCUCCAGCUAGUUUCUCCAUCGACGUGUUUCCCUGAGCUCUUCUCAACAGCAUGUACCUCUUCCACAGGACGUGUACUACUAACCACUGCCGUCUGUAGGUUUUUGUCUUUUUCUAAGUAUGUUUGUUUUCAUUGCUCUUCUGUUUCCUGAUGUCUUCUGGAGAGCGAGGUGCCAGUAGCUGUAUUAUGAAUUUUGGCAGAACUAGGCGAUUUCUUGAAAAUCUCAUUGUGCUUAGUGUUCUUCGUGCAAAGUCUGUAUAUUGUAGUAUUAAUCUAUGCUGCUUUUCCCCAUCAAAAUACAUAUUCUAUCUGGUCAAAAUGUCUUUAUUCAUUUAGUUGUCCAUAUUUGGAUCCAUAUCAGAGUGACUGUCUCUUGCAAUAUGGGAAUAUAAUUUAAUUUUAUAUCUGUAUCUUAUCAUUGCAAUAAAUAUAGGAAGCAAUUGAGUUUCCUGGCUUAUUUGUAUGAAAUGUUAGUGCUUGAAAUGCAUGAAACCCCAGGUUUCGACAGAGAUCGCCAAAACUCAAAAACUCGACUUGAAGUUCAGUACCUUCUCAAGCUGAAAAGCAGCCAGUAAUAAUAGUAACAUUUGCACCGCUGUGACGAACCAGGGUUAUGGCUUGAAAACGUACCUCAUUCCAGGGAUGGAAGGUGUCGUUCGCUGCUGGGUUAAUUAUAUAAUUUGAAAUUUGAAAUACUGCUCGUUUUUAAUUAAAGGUCCAAUGCAGCUAUUUUUAUCUCAAUAGCCAAUCAUUUCUGGUAACAAUUAAGUACCUUACUGCGAUUUGUUUUCAAUUAAAAAUAAAUGCUUCUUAGCAAACAGCAAUUUCUCAAGCAAGAGUUUUGCUAGGACUGGCAGUGGUCUGAGUGGGGAGGGGAAAACUCUUUCUCAUUGGUGUAUUAACUAGUUUUACCGACCUGGCAGACACAAACCCCACCCCGCCAAAACAGGCUUACAUUUCAGUCAGUCUUACAAAAACAGCUCUUACACUAAAAGGGCAUUAUCAUUUUUUAAAUUUUCACAGUAUUAUUAUCCAACCUCCAGUGUGGAAAUAUAUAAAACACAAGGAAAUCACGUUUGACUGCACUGGGCCUUUAAACUGCCUUUUUGGUCAGCAUGCUAGGCUAGCUGUAGUCUGAUUAAUCAGGCUGUAAUACACAAUGAAUUGGUGUGUAUAUACAGCCUGAGACAUUGGUUCCUUACAAGCCAGACUGUUGAAUAAAAUGACAUGUAAACUUA